AUGACUUGCCCCGAAUUUAUGCCUACAGUUAAUGGUCCUUCUCUAUACAACGGCCACUACUAUUGGGGAUUGUCCGCAAACUAUUACCUCAACUCCCCUGGAGGCACCAUGGUGUUCGACGGGCUGAGCCAGAGCAACAGUUUCUCCCAUGAGAUCAUCCACAAUGACGGCUCUCAAAGAGCUUCAAGCUCUGUUAUCAAACUUGCCAAGCCCACCACCAUCACCAAGAUCAAUAAUGGGAAGAGGACUGUGCUCCAGUAUGCCUUCCCCGCUGAGAACGAUGACACUCCCCCAGAGGACCAUCAGUAA